UCUUUUCAUAGAUUAUUCCCCGAUUAAUGAGAAUGACACGCACGGAAGAAUCCAUCGACGUCAUCAUCGUUGGUGCAGGUCUCGCCGGCAUCAACACUGCAUACAGAAUCCAAACUGAACUCCCUCACCUCCGCUAUUCAAUCCUCGAGGCUCGUGGCUCUCUCGGAGGAACCUGGGAUCUUUUCCGCUACCCUGGAAUCCGCUCCGACUCGGAUUUUUAUACCCUCGGCUUCUCCUGGUAUCCAUGGACGGGCCAGCCCAUUGCCGGUGGUGCCUCGAUUCACCAGUAUAUGAAAGAGGCAGCAGCUGUUUCCGGAGUUGAUCAGCAUAUCCUCUACCAUCAUAAACUCGCGGUCGCGGAUUGGUCGGAUCAAACUCAGUCGUGGUCGCUGGAGGUAGACUGCAGUAACAGCGACAGCAGCAGCCCUAAAAAGCUCGUAACAGCCCGGUAUCUGGUAUUUGCCACGGGAUAUUAUGAUUAUGACACACCUCUUGAGGCACGUAUCCCGGGCUUGGAGAAGUUCCAAGGCCAGGUCAUCCAUCCCCAGUUCUGGCCCGAGGAUCUGGACUACACGGGCAAGAAGAUCGUCGUCGUGGGCAGCGGUGCAACGGCCAUCACGCUGAUCCCCAGUCUGUCCAAGAAAGCCUCACAGGUCACCAUGCUGCAGCGAAGUCCAGGAUACGUCCUUCGUACGCAUAACAGAGACCGUUUCCCUCUGAUGCCUUAUUGGUUCAAACGCUUGUGGUGGAUCCUCAUCACCCAGCUCAUUUAUUUCGUCUGCAAAUGCAUGCCUAACAUGACCAAACGGCUCUUCUAUAGACAAAUGGAGCGUCAGCUACCGCAGAAUAUCCCGUCCGAUCCGCAUUUCAAACCUCGAUACAACCCAUGGGAUCAACGCCUCUGUGUCUGUCCAGAUGGCGACUUCUACACGAGCCUUCGUGCGGGUAAAGCAAAUGUCAAGACAUCGACAAUCAAGACAGUCACCCCAACUAGCAUUCUGCUGAAUUCGACCGAGUCCCUGGAAGCGGACAUUAUCGUCACUGCAACAGGGCUUAAAAUCCGCUUUGUUGGAGGCACCACAAUCCUAAUCAAUGGUGAACCCUGCAAUCCGGCCGAUAGGUUUAUGUGGAAAGGAGCAAUGUUGCAAAAUAUCCCCAAUCUGUUUAACGUCAUUGGCUAUCCAAACGCCAGUUGGACACUCGGAGCAGACCUGACGGCAUCGAUGAUCUGUCAAAUCUAUCAGCACAUGGAACGGUCGAAAAGAACGGUUGUUGUGCCUCGUAUGAGCACGAACGACAGUGCUGUGAUACAGACAAGGCCGUUUUUCAGUUUGAGUUCCACCUAUCUGACUGUUGCAUCCAGGGAGCUGCCAAAGACUGGCAAUCUUCGUUCAUGGGCGCCCCGCCAGUAUUAUCUCUCUGACCUUUUCCAUGUCCGGUUUGGACGGUUAUUCCAGAAUCUAGAGUUUGCCGGAGAUGUUUCCUUUCAGAAGCCACAUGUUGAGUGAUGUUCGUUCUAUUCCCUUGAUGUAUUGCAACAAACCUUGCGAUCGAAGUGCUCUUUCAAUGGCAAAAUGCAUGGAUAUAUAUUCGUUGCAUGUGAUCGAGAAUUUUGCCAAAAAGAAAGAGAAAGAAAUUAGAUAGAAAAUGUACCCAAAAAAAA